GGAGCAGAUUGCAAAUGAUCAGUGAACAUCACUUCUACGAACCGUGUUCUCCCACAAGUACGAGCACGAGUACUAAAAUACCGUGCGAUUUUGGAUCAGGAAAACCACACCAACUACAUCGGUGUCAGUCUCAUUCUUUCUCACCAUAGAGCUCAACAAACACAAUGCUUGCCUCCCCUUCUUAUUUCUGCGUCGCUGUAGCAGCUCUUGCUCACUCUACGAUCGCAUUCGCUCCGGCGGCCCUGCAGAAUCCGGUUUCUCCCUCGUCGGCCCUAUUUCUCUCCUCCAACGACGAGGCUGUCGGUCGCCGCGAUGCCCUGGCCCAAGCGGCGCAACUCGUUGCCGGAGUCGCCAUGACCUCGGUCGCCUCUAGCGUUCCGGUUGCCUUUGCCGCCGAUGGAGAUGCGCCCGCGGCGAAAAAGGUCGUGGUCGCAGGUGCCACGGGGCAGACCGGCCGCCGCGUCCUGGAACGAUUGGCCGGUGCCGGCAAUCUCCAGGUCGUCGGAGGAGUCCGCAACCCGGAGAAGGCGGCGGAUGCGCUGGGAGAAUCGUCGACCGUCGUCCGCGGUGCGAUGAUACAAAAGGUCGCCUCCGUCGAUACCUCGGCCGUUGCUCUGAAGCGAUUGGACGUCGUCAAGGAUUCCGUUGACGAUCUGGCUUCGGCCAUGGCGGGUGCCGAAUCUUUGGUGAUUGCCACCGGCUUCAUCCCAGGAAAUCCCUUGAAAAUGAAUGCGGCUGCUCACGAAGUGGUACGAAUCAUUCGAUUUGUCUAUUCGCUUGCUAUUGAUAUUAUCUGAAUUGCCACGGUAAGGAUCCAUUGAUUGCACAACAUUUAAUAUAUUGCUAAUCAAUCGUUUCCAUUCCUGCUCUGUUUCACAGGACAACGUCGGAACCAUCAAGUUGAUCGACGCCGCCAAGAAAACCGGAACAGUAAAGAAGAUAGUUCUAGUCUCUAGUAUUUUGACAAACGGCCGAAACUGGGGACAGGAAAAAUCCCCCGGUUUCGUCAUCACGAACGCUUUCGGAAAUGUCUUGGUAAGUUCCCUGACAACUUGAAUCCUCAAUGUCUCCUCACAUUUUUUGUCGAAAACUGACAAGCAGCGUCGCUGAACCAUACUUUGUUCUGCCCGUAUCCCCCGGAACCAUACUUUUGUCUACUAGGACGAGAAACUGGUUGCCGAGAACUACUUGAAAAGCAGUGGCAUCGACUACACCAUCGUACGACCCGGUGGAUUGAAAGCCAAACCACCCACCGGAGCAUUGAUUGUAUCUGGUGAAGACUCCUUGAACAGUGGUGAAAUUUCGAGAGAUCUGGUUGCCGAUGUUUGUGUCGCAAGUUUGACGGAUGCCAAGGCCGCGAACAAAGUCCUGGGUACGUGAAUUUAGUCGAUUUGUUUUCUUUUUUGUCGUUCUUCUCAAAUUUGAGUGUCGUAUGAAUGGAUCUAACAUAAUCAUAUUUUAUCUUUUCUUUCUAUUCUCGAAAUAUUGAAAGAAAUCAUUGAGGACGAGGGUACGCCUCCAAAAGUGUUCAAUGGAUUGAAUAUGUAAUCCAACUCAUGAUUAUCAUUGAUCAUAAAGUUAAAAUGCGAAACAUAACUACGGAAAUAGAAUCAGCACCGUUUGAGCCAAAAAAUAAGUUCCAGUAAUAUACAGCUCCAUAGGAUGUGCGUCUUCGUUGCGAACCGCAGUUAGGUAAAGAAAAUCUGGUUGAUACA